GCCGCGCAGGCGCAGUGCGGCUCUCCAUCAUUUCCAAUAUCCCAGUGUAGGAGAACCAGCAGAGCCACAGAACUAAUGGGAACCAUGGGAAAACCACUACCCAACUGUGUUUGGGAACCAAUAUGUUGAACAUUCUUUAUUUGUCAGACUGAGGGACGGUAUUCUGGGUGGGAAAGGACAAAUGGUAAUAAAUUAAUAAUAGAAGACUUUCCGGCACAGCACACGCCGACUCCAGAGCCUCCUUUUUCAGCUAGCAUGUUCCUGAGUCAGAUGGCUAUGAAUGACAAGAUGCAGUAAUGGAAGUCCACGCACCAUUCAGCACUGUAACCAUGAAGCAGCUCAAAGGGUAGGGUCUUCUGUGAGGUCACCUCACCCUACCCGACUACCCACCCAUCAGCUCCACCUGAGAGCCUACGUUGAAGCAUAAGGUCAACUGUCUCCGAACCCUCCCAUCACCACCACCUCCACCACGGCUUUGGAAGACAAACAUGACGUGCAUUGCAAAGACACUGGUUGAUGUCUGAUAUAUAUACCUCCUGAGGUGUCGAGCGUAAAACCAGUGGAGCAAUGAAUGGCGGAAAGGACUGUGAGGCGGGAGAUGAGAGGCAGGCUGUUCCUGUCCAGGUCCCUAUUGGCUGGCAGCGCAAGGCGGAGCACGGUGGUGGGGUUGUAUACAAAAGUGGAAUUUACAGUGUAGUUUCAGGCAGCCACGGCACGGCGGAGAGAUCUGACGCAUGUUGCGAAGACAGAUGUGACACUGCACUGAUGACAUAAAUAAAAUAAAUAUAAAAACUAGUCCCAGUGGCUCGAUGCUGUCCAGCUUGGAGCAGGUGAAGACCUACCUGCUGACAGAUGGAACCUGCAAAUGUGGCCUGGAGUGCCCACUCAUUCUCCACAAGGUGUUCAAUUUCGACCCUGGGGCAGCUGUCAAACAGAGGACGGCAGAGGAUGUGAAAGCAGAUGAAGAUGUCACCAAACUCUGCAUUCACAAGAGGAAACUUCUCGCUGUGGCCACGCUGCACAAGAGCAUGGAGACACACCCACCUCUGACGCUGACCAGUCCAGGGGGGGGUACAUCAUCUGUGGUUGCUGUGCAUUCGACGACUCAACGAGCAAUAAGGACUAAACCUCACGAUGGCCUGCCCAAUGCUGUUGGCCCAGACUGCAAGAAUCCUUUCAAGAUGAUAAUGGCAGCUGGACAACAGCACCAGCAGAGACUGUAUCCACCCCAGGAGAUGGGAGGAGCCCAGCAGCCAGAGCUCUACUCUGGGUACUCAAGGCCGCAGAGGUUGGGCAGUGGGGAGCCAGGCCCCAAAUCCCCUUACCGGGGUGGGUAUGGAGGUAUGCUGAGCCCACCACCCUCCAGUGCUAAGCUUUAUGGAGAUGGCUCUCAGUCUCCCAGUGCAGAGACUCUAGGCAGCCCUGAGGGCUUUCCAAGGACCAAUCCUUGUGGGUUUCCAGGAGCUGGCAGUCCUGGCUCAGCCUCCAUCCAUGGGAACACUAGGACGCCUCUUUCCCCACCCAGUUUAAUGCUCCAUGGUUCCCCCGCGGGCCAGCCAUCCUGCGCAAUGACAGGAAGGACUAGCACACCCCUUUCUCCGACGGCCACUGCCAAAAGCCCUGUCAUGAACAUGAACAUGCCGCGGGGGAACUUCCCCCCUGGCAUGGAUAUGCCCCGUGCAACAUUUCAUCAUAAAACACAGCCCCCUGUACAUCCCGUACCACCACCUCCAUCUAUACCACCUUCCUGUGCCCUUCAAAAAAGGCAGUUGACCUCCGAAAAAGACCCCUUAGGCAUCCUGGACCCCAUCCCAAGCAAGCUAGUCAGCCAGCCCCUCACCAACGUACCAAACCCCUCCAACUUCCAGCCUAACAUCCACUCUCAGGUACCAAUGAUGAAUGUAAACAUACCCCCUCCCGCUAUUGUUCCCUUGCCAAGCAACUUACCUUUACCCACAGUGAAGCCUGGGCCUGUGGGGCAUGGCGGCCAUGUUCAAAGGACUCAACAGGGUGGUCCGGCUUCCUCCAUGUCUCCCUCUCCUGUCACUUCCCCUGUCCACAUGGCUGGACCUGCCCAUGGGAGAAUGGAGGCCUCCCCUCAUCGUUCACGCUCAUCCUCCACCUCCUCUGACCAUGGGAACUUUGCAAUGCCCUCGGGGCACCAGGCCCCAUGUGGCACCAUGAAGGUCCCUCCUCGCUCUCCCAGGUCAGCUAUGGGAUCUCCCAGGCCAGCUAUGCCCUCCAGCCCCUCCACCAACAAAACUGACCCUCUCCACCAGUAUAAAGACUCCCAGCUGCUGCCAGGGAUGGGAAAUUCGAUUGGCACCCAGCAGCACAGCAACCCUAUGUACUCACCCACUUCUUCCUCAUCAUCAUCCUCUUCUCUGGCACUCCCCAGCGCUUCCCAGAAGGGCCACCCUGGACUCCUGGGGAUGCCCCUCAACCAGAUCCUUAACCAACAGAAUGCCGCAUCCUUCCCUGCCAGCAGUCUCUUGUCAGCCGCAGCCAAAGCACAGCUAGCAAAUCAAAACAAACUCAGCGCUGCUGGCAACAGCACUGCUGGCAUGGCUGGUGGUGGUGUUGGUAUGGCAGGCAUGGGGGCAGGUGGAGGAGGCAAUGGAGCAGGUGGCGGGCACCCUGGCUCUAUAAGCGGCCCUCGAGGCAUGGAGGGACUCAGCACUUUAAACCCAAUGCUCCCGCCAAACUCCACCAUGCUGCUCAACACUCCUGAAGGCCAGAGUGGUCGGGCGGCUCUUAGAGACAAGCUCAUGGCCCAGCAGAGGGACCCCAUGCGCAAACGGAGGCAGUCGUCGGGCAGCUCUGUUGUAAAUCAUGACAACAGUAACAACAUGGUCUACAACAUGCUUAACAAACGAGUUAUGGGAGGACCCCACAUGCCAGGGCCCAGUGCCACUGAGCAGCUACGAAAAGUGGGCCGACUUGGAAACCUUCCCCCAAACACCUCCAUGGCCCAGCUUCUCCAGUCCAUGAGCUGCCAGAGCUCCCAUAGCCUGGUUGGGAACAGCCAUCGUCCAGGUCUUAGUCCCGGCCUAGGGCCUGGUCCUCAAGGAGCUGCACAGCUGCACUACAACGACAGCACAGGUAUGGUCCCUGGUGGCCCUCAGCAAAACCUCCUAGCUCAGCAGAGCCUGCGGGGUCCAGGAGAUGCCAUGCAGCACUGCCAGAACAUUGACACUUCUGGGGGUCAUCUGGGCUCUCGUCCAGGCCAGUUCCCUGACAUGAUGGCCCAUAUGCAGGCCUCUACAAUGAGUAAUUGUGGGCCUAUGGGGCCAGGAGGUGGACCGGUGGGCCCUGAUGGCAUGCCGCUGGGACGUCCCAACACUAACCCCCCACCGCUGUCCCAUCCUGGCCCUCACCCCUCACAACCGAACCUCGUUCACAGUAUGGGGCGGACUAACAUGUUGGUGAUGUCCCAUGGAGGAGGUGAUGCAAGUUGUACACAGACCAUCUCUGAUACAGGAAACCCCUCAUCCCUUGGCUGUGGUAUGCACGUCAACUCCAGCGGAGGUCAGAUGUACCAGCAGCAGGUCCACCAGGGCAUACAGCAGGGGGUGGCCUCCCACCCAGCCUACCAGGGACAGCAGCACUUCUCUGACAACCCACCUUACACAGACAACAACAACACUAAUGCUGGCUCCAUGGCCUGCCUCUACCAGAACUACCAGCAGGGGAUGUUGUCGCACCCACAGUUCGGGGAAGGGCAACAGCCCCAGGUUGAGGGGCUUCCAGCGUGUGCACCUGGCUCUGACAGGGGCCCAGGUGGAGGACCAGAGUCGGUGGACGCCAUCUACAGGGCUGUGGUGGACGCCGCCAGCAAGGGCAUGCAUGUUACCAUAACCACCACGGUGAGUGGGACCACGCAGGCGAGUUCAGUGCCUGCCCUCAGCGCCAUGAGUGCCUUCACUGCCUCUUUAGGGGAGCCCGUCAACCUCCCCAAAGCCGUUAGCACAGUCCUGCAUGGGCACUUGGAAGGGGAGGUGUUACCCCAACAAGCCAGGCCAAGGCAGGUGAGACUGGGACGGGGUCAGAAGAAUAUGGAUCCAGGGAAGAGCACCCCAGACGGACCCGAGGCCAACGACUACUUCCGUUCUCCUGGCCGUGGAACCCCCAGGGGUCAGUGGGAGGGGGAGACGCAGCACGGAGGAGGCUUCGACCCUCAUAGCAACAACAGCGCCUGGGGUGGUGAGGAGUUUCUGGAGUGCUCUACCCAAGUGAGGAGUAGUCCAUGCAUGGAGCGACCCGCCAGCCUCGCCCCCGCCCCACCCUGCCCCACUGAGGGGUCCAGCGACCAUGGUCUCUCCAUGGGCCAUGAUAAGGCCUUUCUCGAUGAUGGCUAUCGCUUCAACAACUGCAGUCGGAUACCUGCUAACUACAAGGAGCGUCUGGAGCAGAUGGUGGAACGCUGCGCUCACAUCAAUGGUGCCACAACCCACUUCAACACCCGGUGUUACGGAGAAGUCCUGGGCCCCCCACGGCAGGAGCUGACGGGGGACGACCAGUCGCCCAGCUCAUCCACUAGCCUGGAAGGGCCUCUGGCCACAGCCAAAGACUAUAGUCACUACAACGGCCAUUUCAACGGUAUGGCGCCCAGCCCCUCGGACACAAAGAGCCUGAGCAGCGAGGAGGACCUGCGGCAGCCGGACUCUCCUUCCUCAGAACUGCUUCACUACCGGUCCAGGACCUUCAACAUGGGAGAGCUGGUCUGGGGCCAGUUGAAGGGCUUCCCACCCUGGCCUGCCAAGUUGGCUGGGGACGAGCAAGUGCACAGCGCUGCUAUGCAGCUGCGGGAGCAGGCCAAGGUAGAGCCAGAGAAGCUGAAAACACUAACUCACGACUUUGACCGAGCCGCCAAAAGAGGCCUGAAGUAAGUAUAUAUGCACACC